GUUUCAGUUUCGAGUCCGUGCAGUCGUGUUGACCGGAGUGAAAAGCGCAGUGGAAAAUUUGCAAAAAAGAAAAAAAAUCAUACAAAAUUACAAAUAACACAAAACAGAGAAAUUAGAAAUAGAGAAAAGUAAAUAAGCAAACAAGUGCAGUUUUGUUGGGAGAGAAGUGUGUGCGGCAAGGGGAGAUUAAUCCCUCGGACCUAGCAUAGAUACCUACAUUUUUGGUGGUCCCAAAAAAAGACGGUGUGCUGAAAACGCAGAGAAAGUAACACCCGAAGUAUCAACAACAAUGUCGACGUUACCCUUUUUGCUGAGCGUCGCCGACGAGCUGGACAACAUACACUCACAGUCCUACAUGGACGACUUUGGCCUGGGCUUCCAUCCGCACCGCCAGUACUAUCGCACACCCACCAUCCAGUUGUCCCUGCCCGCCAGCACCGACUGGACGGGAUCGGGUCGCGAUUGGUCCCAAACAGCGGGCAACAGGCACACUCGCUACCGCAGCUAUAAGUUCUACGAUGACUCCCAGAACAAUCUGGAGGAGGAGGAGCCGCCCGUGGAGGAUGCCCAGCCCGUUGAGCAGAUGAAGUUGCCACAGCAGUUGGUACAGCAGACCAGCCAAACGAUAUCGGAUCCCCAGCAGCCAACGAGUGCAACUGCCACUGCCGCCACUGCUCGCAAAGGACUGGGCAUGGUCAAUUCCCACUCGCACGAUGUGGGUGUUGGUGGAUUGGGUCUGAAUCUGAAAGCUGGCGAGGAUGAGGACGAUGAGAACAUCGAUCGCACGGUGCGCAUGUAUAAUUUGUCCAAGAAGUGCUGCAAGAACUACUAUCGGCACGCCUUGGAGACCGGACCCGGCGCCAGUGGCAAGGUCAAGUGCAGCAAUGCACGCUCCGAGAGCCACAAGUCCAGCUCCAGUUCGGAGGAGAGCCUCCAGAAGAUACCCUCGCCCAUUGAGUUCCUCACCUGCUUUCUGGUGAAGAAGUCGCGCACCCCCAAGGCCAAUGUGCCAGUGGGUCAGCCGCUGAAGAAGACAUAGAACUCGGCCCGGCUGCUGCCAGCAGCGAUGUCCACCAGGACCUCCACCAUCAGCUCCACGGCCACCAGUGGAGCCGUGACCAACGCAACCACGGACACGGAUACGACCACGUCGAAGCGGCGUAGCAACUGCUUCUGAAUGUUGGCCGGAGUCGGCGUCGUUUGUGGCCAGGCCUGGAGUUGGCUCCAGCGGUGCGGGGAGCUUCCCAACUCGGAACCCGCCUCGCUGCCCUCCACGCGUCUGGGCAGGAUCGCCUACUAGGCGGCCUACUACUCGACCGACUCCGAUUCGCAGUCAGGGGUGUAUACGAUAUAUUUGGCAUAUGAUUUUGCACUGGGAUAACCACUGGCUUGAUUGAAUUAUUGGAAUUUAUCGAAAUGGAUUCGGAAGGGCUACCGAUUUUGUUUUGCACUGGAAAUCAAAUUUGGUAAUGAAAACAGGGCAUUGUAAUCAAUUCUCCUAAAUUCCUUAAACCUAUU